UCUGACAGCAUUGAGAAGUUCUGUGCUGAAGGGAUCCCUCUUUUGGGUGUACUUGUCCAGUCUAGACAUCUGAGAACAGUAGUCCACGUGCUGGAUAAAAUCCUACCCUUAUUUUACUCUUGCCAGUAUUAUCUCUUGAAGAAUGAACAGUUUUUAACUUACAUCCAACUGUUCCUUCAUCUGGAUAGUGGAGUCCCUCAAGGUGUGACCCAGCAGGUUACCCAUAAAGUAACACAGCACUUGACAGGAAUGAGCUAUGGAGAAAAUGUUAAGCUGCUGAGUAGUAUGAUACAGACUCACAUUUUUCUAAGUGACCAGCCAAAUGGAGCAGGGCCGGCUGCAGUACUGGAGUUCUGGGUUCAGGUCCUCACCAGCCAGCAGCUGUGGCACAGGGACAGGGCCACACUUUUCUUGCUGGAUGACUUAUGUAGAGCUGCUUUUCAGUACAGCCAAGAGGACUGCGUGCAAAAGCUGCUUUACCAACAACACAAGAAUGCUUUGGGCUAUCACUGUGACAAAGGUCUGCUGUCUUCACUUGUCAGCUGGAUUGUGGCUGGCAAUGUUACACCUUCCUUUGUUGAGGGGAAUGCCAAUUCCUCUCAGGUCUGGUUUUCAUGGGUGGUGUUAAACAUGGAGUCAAUAUUUGAAGAAGAUUCACAGCUUCGCAGAGUUGUGGAACGGGAGUUGGUUAUUAAUGCUUUAACUCCUGAUCAAGCUUUGAAGAAAGCCCAGGCCCAGCUGAAGCUGCCCAUUGUGCCCUCCCUCCAGCGGCUCUUGAUUUACCGCUGGGCUCACCAGGCCCUUGCUACCCCUGCUGAUCACCCUCUCAUGCCACUGAUCUGGCAGAAGUUCUUUCUCAUUUACCUUCACCGACCAGGACCACAGUAUGGAUUACCUGUAGAUGGCUGUAUUGGAAAACGUUUUUUUCAGAGUGCAGCUCAUGUUAACUUACUCAGGGAGAUGAAGCAGCGCUUAAUAGAGGUAGCAGACUUCCACCAUGCUGCCAGUAAAGCACUGAGAGUGGAGAGCCCUGCAGAGGACAGUGACAAAUCACCAGGCAAGGCGAGCUGCUCACCAGAUUACCUGACUUCAUCAGAACUGCAUAAGGAACUUGUCAGGCUUUGUAAUGUUUUUGUUUUGUGGUUGGAAGAAGAGAGUUUCCAGAAAGGAGACACAUACAUUCCUUCUUUACCGAAGCAAUACGAUACACACAGACUUGCUAAAGUCAUGCAGAAUCAACAGGAUUUGUGGAUGGAGUAUGUCAAUGUGGAACUUAUACACCAUGAGUUUCAGGAAGCUCUAAACCUUUGGCUGCAGGUUCAGCUUGAAUCACAUACAGCCUGUGUUUCUGCAGGGCAAACAGAUUUCACCAACCCUUUAUUAGCCAAAGAGAGGAUAAUAAAUAAUUUGAAGAAGUUUGAUACUCCCAAGCCCCCUCUUCUGCUCCAGACGAUGAAAGCUCCUGUGCCAGUUAUUUCCUCUGCCAGUCUACUAAGUCAGAAAGAAGCAAUUCAGCUCAUGCGUGUGGACCUUAACAUCUUGCAGCGACAUGCCAAAACUGCAGCUCUGUGGGAAUCUCAGCAUGUUGCUCUUAAUAGUGAAAUAUUGGACACAGUACCUAAGCUGUAUGUCAAUCGGGAAGAGCAGAUUACCCUUCAUUUGGAGUGCCGGGGAACUUCAAAUAAAGGCUGUCAGGGAGCAGCUCUCCUAACCAUCCAGUUUGAAGGGAAACAUAAAAAUGAAGCAGUGUGCCAGCAGCUUCAUGCUUUGCGUAAAGAAGUGAGACAACUGCGGGCAGAAGCUACAAAACCACCUUCUCUGGGUGUCGUAGAAGCAGCAGUACAUGUGGAAAACUUUAUAACGGCCUUAAUAAAUAUCUACAAGGUGCAGCCUAUGCCUGCAAUCAAGAAAGUUGGAAUUAGUUUGUUUUUUACGUUAGUGGAGUAUGUGUGUGACGAAACUCAACGCAAUCCUCCCACAAGGCAGUUCUUCACAUCAUGCAUUGAGAUUCUAGGCCAAGUGUUCAUCAGUGGGACCAAGUCAGAGUGUCAACGCCUCCUCCAGACAAUCCUGCAGAACCGGAGGCUCUGUACUCUGCUUUCUCCUUACUUCACUCCUGUUGCCUCUCCCAGUGAAUUUGUGGCUUUAUAUGAAAAAGUCGUGGCCUUUCUGAGUGAGGAUAACAGUGAUGUGGUCUUCAUGCUGCUGACAAAGUUUGACCUUACGCGAUGGUUAAGCAUUGCUAAGCCACCUCUGUCUGAACGUACCAAGCUUCUGGAGUCUAUUCACUUGGCUCUGAAUGCAUGUGGCCUUGAACCCGACGAAGAUAUUUUGAUGCCAUUUAAUAUCUUCUGCAAGCAUUGGACUAACCUUCUCCAGUAUCAGUUCCCUGAUCACUAUAGUGAUUUCUUAAGAUUGCUCGUGCAAAGCUCAUCAGAGCAGCUUCUAAGCCCUGACUGUUGGAAAGCAUCACUUAAAGCUUUGGGAUGUGGUUCACCAGUGACUGAGCAGGCGAGCUUCAAGACAAGGGACUCUACUGAAAAUCCUGUAUUGCAGGAUGCAGCAAAAAUUCUCCUCUCUGCAGAUCAGGUUAGAGAGACAAUAGAAUGGCUUUCCACAUCUUUCUGCAAACUCCGAGUGGCUUCGAUGGACUUCAGGACUUUUGGCCUGUUUUCAAAGUGGAGUCCUUAUGUGGCUGAAGUGAAUAAAUUUCUGGAGUAUCUUAUUAAACGACUUAUUGAUAUGGAAGUUGCCAAUUUAGCCCAGGAGCCUUUUGGCAGUAACAGAAUUCUAGCAGCAUUACAGUCCCUGUAUUCAGUCAUUGCUGGACUCUUUAAACCAUGGAUACUGGUCUUGGAUAAGGAAGAUGCAAGUAAUCAGCCUUGCUAUCCUUGGUUGGAGAGUGACACUCCUGUAGUAUCCACCAUGGUCUGUUUGUUUACAGAUUGCAUCAAGCUAUUGCAUGAGAGCUUUAAAGAUAAGCUGUUGCCAAGCCACCAUGGGGCUCUUUGGUUGCAUCUAAUGCAUUACUGUGAAUGCUGCACUGCCCCUAAAAUGCCAGAGUUUAUUCUCUAUACUUUCCAUACUGAGUUCAGAAAGCUUCCAUGGAAGGAAAUGCAUCCAGACCAGAUGCUUAUGGAAGAGUUCUUUAAAAUUGAAAGAGGCAGCCCCAAGAGUUGUUUCCUAUUCUUGGGUUAUGUGUUAUGUGAAAUAAACUGGGUCAGUGUCCUCUCUGAUGCCUGGAAUCCCAACCCUCAUCCUCAGACUCACAACAUGAUUGUCUGUUUGCUGUAUAUGAUGGUCCUGCUGGGAAAGGAGGAACAACUUAUAGGCAAAGAGGAAUCGCCACUCAUAAAUCUUCUUGGACAGACCAGCUCCCUUCCUUGGCAGCUUGUGGGCAUUUCAUCUUACCAAAACAUCAUCAGCUACUGCAAUAGUCACUACCCUCCCUCUGUUAUCCUUGCUAAGGAUGCUGCAGCUGAACUAAUUGUGAAGCUCCUGAAAAUCUCAGCAGGCUUUGGUGCAUCUUCAGACAGUCACAUCCACCUUGAUGCAACACUGAAGUGCCAAGCAUACAUUCGCCAGGUGGUUCAGUUUCUCAGCACCUUAGAACAAAGUGGAAAGAUUACUCUUGCAGUUCUGGAACAAGAAAUGUCCAAGUUGCUAGAUGAUGUUGUCAUCUUUAAUCCUCCAGAUAUGGAUCUGCAAAUGCGUCACAUGGCCCUCAGCAGCCUCUUCACAGAAACACUGAUGAUGAUGAACAAUUCUAGUGUGACAACCGCCGAGUCUCUACGGGGAAGCUUACGGAACUGGGUUGGCAGCAAAGUUCAUGGGUUGCUGGCAAUGCCCCUCCUCACAGCAGCGUGUCAGAGCCUGGCCUCUGUGCGGCACAUGGCAGAAACAACAGAAGCCUGUAUUACUGCUUACUUCAAUGAAGAUUCUCCUCACCACCAGGGUUCAGGCUGGGGCCCUAUACUCGCCUCCCUCCAAGUUCCUGAGCUAACCAUGGAAGAAUUCCUGCAGGAGUGUCUGUCUUUAGGAAGCUACUUGACUCUGUAUGUCUACCUGCUGCAAUGCCUAAACACUGACCAGACUCUUACCAAUGAAAUGAAAAUCCUGCAAACCAUUGGCAAAUGGUUGGAGCAAGUGUACCCAAGCUCAGCAAAGGAAGAAGCAAAGUUGUUUCUUUGGUGGCAUAAAGCCAUGCAGCUAUCCUUGAUUCAGAUGGAGCAGGAUGACACCAUUCUGAUUGAAUCUGUCAUUCAGACACUCCUGUCAAUCCAGGGCAGGCAGAGUCAGCUGGCUGAAGAGAGAGUGACUUCUGGAAUACUUGGUGCUAUCGGGCUAGGCAGGAGGUCUCCUUUGUCACCCAGGUUUCGGGUGGUUGCCCGCAGUUUGUCAGCCUUCCUCCUGGUGCAGAUUCCUGCGGAGGGUCAAGUCCGCCUGAAAGCGGGGUCAGAGCCGAAGCUGUCACUGAAGGCCCAGCAGGCACUGAGUGUUCUUGGAUCUAUGGCCACAAACAAACAAUAUAUGGAUUAUCAAGAGCAGCUGUCCCAGGCUUCUCUGUUCAUCAAGCAUCCAGAACAUUGUCUUCGAGAUGUCAAUAAUCUUCUGGCUUUCCUUAUUAAUGCUCUGUAUCCAGAAGUGCAUUAUUUGGAUAGCAUACGAUAGCAGCACU